AUGGCAUCCUCCUGGCUCAACAUCGCCGCUGAUGCGCCCUUCUCCCUGGCCAACAUCCCGUUCGGCAUCAUCUCCACCAAGCGAGAUCCCACCCCGCGCCCGGCCAUUGCCAUCGGCGACUAUGCGCUCGAUCUCAAGGCCUUCAGCUCCGCCAACGGCUUCUCAGAGCACGCCGAGAUCCACCAGUACAGGUCCGUCUUCGCCGAGAAGACCCUGAACGCUUUCGCCGCCCUCGGUCAGCCCUUCCACCGUGCCACGCGCGCGUACAUCCAGGAGGUCUUCAAGAGCGACACCAAGUACGCCGCCCUCCUCAAGGACAACGUCCAGUUCCGGGACGCGGCCCUCGUGCCCCUCGCGGACAUCACAAACCACGUGCCCCUCGCCAUCGGCGACUACACCGACUUCUACGCGGGCAAGAACCACGCCUACAACGUCGGCUGCCUCUUCCGCGGGCCCGCCAACGCCCUCCAGCCAAACUACACCCACCUCCCCGUCGCCUACCACGGCCGCGCCAGCAGCGUCGUCGUCUCGGGCACCCCCAUCCGCCGGCCCUGGGGCCAGAUCCUGCGCGACCCAAAGGCCGAGCCCAAGGUCCCCUCGCUGGCCCCCUGCGAGAAGCUGGACCUCGAGCUCGAGCUCGGCAUGUUCGUCUGCCGGUCCAACGAGCUGGGCUCCCCUGUCCCCGUCAACGAGGCGGAGGGGCACAUCUUCGGGUACGUGCUCAUGAACGACUGGAGCGCGAGGGACAUCCAGGCGUGGGAGUACAUCCCGCUGGGUCCCUUCACGUCUAAGAAUCUGGGGACGAGCAUCAGUCCCUGGGUCGUGCUGGCGGACGCCGUGCCCAAGAAGGUGGGGAUCAAGAAUGACAACGAGCUGCUGCCGUAUCUUAAAGAAGAUCUAAAGGAGAAUGUGCUGAAUAUCAAUCUGGAGGUUGAUCUUACAACCGCCGGCGGCUCCAAGAAGACCGUCUCCAAGACCAACUCGAGCAACCUGCUCUGGUCCUGGCCGCAGAUGAUCGCCCACCACACCAUCACGGGCUGCAACCUGCAGACGGGCGACCUGCUCGGCUCGGGCACCAUCUCCGGCACCGAGUCGGGCACCGAGGGGAGCCUGCUGGAGAUCACGGGGGGCGGCAAGGCCGGCAUCCAGGUCGGCGGCGACGAGCGCAAGUUCUUGCAGGACGGGGACACGCUGGUGAUCCGGGGCUGGGCCGGGGAGGACGGGGCGAGGAUCGGGUUCGGCGAGGUGUCUGGCACUAUCCAGGCUGCUCUCCCGUUGUUUUAA